UGUGCUUCGGCACUGUGUAAUGUAGUCAACUAAUUGGAUGGAAACCUGAUUAAUUAUGGGACGACUGUUUAACAAUUAGCUAAUUGUGAUGUACAGCUCAUUACCGAACACACUUACAGAACAAAAAAUAAAUAUGAAAACCAAGGGCUUAACACCUCAGUCCUCUGAGAAGGAGAAUGUCGAAGGAGUAUCUUUUAGACUAAGGAGAGCGAGUGCUGCUCUUAUAGCAGACUUAAAUACGACCAUGAAUUCAUUUCCUGAAGGCUCUUCAGUUCCAUACUACAGAGAAAAAGAUCCCCCUGUCGAACAUUCAAACCGAUAUCAUGCCAGCUUGAAGACUCUGAUCCCAAUCCGCUUCAGCUCUGGUUCAAACCCCAUGGACGAUGCAGGGUUCUUCUCCUUCACCUCCUUCGCAUGGAUGACCCCCAUGAUGUGGAAGCUUUUCAGAAACCGUCUAGAUUUUGACUCUCUCAGCUUGUCUCCCCAUGAUGGAGCCCACACCAAUGGGGAGAGGUUCAAGAGAUUGUGGGAGGAAGAGGUGGAGCGCAAAGGUCCUGAGAAAGCCUCCCUCGGCUCAAUAGUGAUGCGAUUCCAGCAAACAAGGCUCAUAGUGUCGUUCUUCAUCUCAGUUCUCUUCACAUUUGCAGUGUUCAUUGGGCCGUCUAUUUUAGUGUAUGAGAUCCUGCAGUAUGCCGAGGAGCCUGGUUCGUCCACGCUGCUGUAUGGCGUUGGGCUGUGUGUGGCUCUGUUCGUUACUGAGUUCAGUAAAGCAAUCUUUGCCUCGCUUCUCUGGGCUGUGAACCUGCGCACUGCCAUCCGAUUGAAAGGGGCCUUCAGCAUGCUCGCUUUCUACAAGAUCAUCUCUCUUCAAACACUCCACGGCGUCACUGUGGGAGAGAUGAUCAACGUGCUGACUAGUGAUGGCUACCGUAUGUUUGAGGCUGUGCUUUUUGGCACGUUUUUGCUGUGUAUUCCUGUGUUGCUGAUUGUGUGUAUCGUCUACUCCUGCUUCAUUCUGGGCUCCACAGCACUCAUAGGAGUCGGGACCUAUUUGGUCUUCAUACCUAUACAGUUUUUUGUCGCCAGGCUAAUCAACGUAUUGAGGAGGCGCGCUGUCUCUGUAACAGACAACCGUGUUCGCACCAUGAAUGAGGUUUUAACCUGCAUCAAACUCAUUAAGAUGUACGCAUGGGAGGAGUCUUUUGAGAAGAAAAUCACAGACAUCAGGAAGAAGGAGAAGUUGAUUUUGGAGAAAGCUGGGUAUGUUCAGAGUAUUAACUCCUCAUUAACAACGGUAGUUCCAACUUUGGCCACCAUCCUCACUUUCAUUGUGCACACAGCAAUCGGACUCCCCCUGGCCCCCUCCACUGCAUACACCAUCAUUGCUGUGUUUAACUCAAUGAGAAUGUCCAUGGGUCUCCUGCCGUUCACAGUAAAAUCUCUGGCUGAAGCUAAAGUGGCCUUGACCCGACUAAAGAGGAUCCUCUUGAUAAAGAAUCCUGACCCCUAUCUGACCCAGAGUAAAGACUUGGAUGCUGCUGUAGUGAUGAAUAAAGCUUCGUUCAUUUGGGGCGCUCCUGAUGACUCCGCCAAUCAGGCCCCUAGUAGCCCUGUGUCCAAUGGGACGAAGAAGGGCAAAGUAACCCCGGAGGAAGUCACUCAGAACGGCACCGACACAUCAGACACAAAGCCAACGCUCAAUAACAUCACUUUCACUCUGCCCAAGGGAAAUUUACUUGGAGUUUGUGGAAAUGUUGGAAGUGGAAAAACAUCACUGAUUUCAAGCAUACUUGAGCAGAUGCACCUGAAAAGUGGGUCAGUGUCUGCAAAUGGAACCUUUGCCUAUGUUUCCCAACAAGCCUGGAUCUUCCAUGGAAGUGUGCGGGACAAUAUUCUAAUGGGAGAGCCCUUUGACCAAGAGAGGUAUGACCGUGUCAUCCAUGCCUGUUGCCUAGCUCCAGAUUUGGCUAUUCUCCCAUUUGGUGACCAGACUGAGAUUGGAGAGCGUGGUCUGAACCUGUCUGGUGGUCAGAAGCAGAGGGUCAGCGUAGCGAGAGCGGUUUACUCUAACAGAGACAUCUUCCUAUUGGACGACCCCCUGUCUGCAGUUGACGCCCACGUUGGCAAGCACAUUUUCGAGGAGUGCAUCAAAAAAGAGCUGAAGGGCAAAUCUGUGAUUCUGGUCACACAUCAGCUUCAGUACUUGGAGUUCUGUGAUGAAGUCUUGCUGUUGGAGGGUGGAGAGAUAAAGGAAGCGGGAACACACAGAGCUCUGAUGAAAGUUAAAGGCCGAUACGCUCAUCUUAUCAACAACUACCAGUUGGAGCAAAGCAAUAAAAAAGAGGAAACCCCAACAAACCCCCCUGAUUCCCCCAGCCAUAAGACACAAGGAGUGGAUGAAUCCAAAAACAAUGGAGUUGUAAAUCCAGCUUUUGACAUGUCUGAUGAGAAUAUUAAAGAAGAAAACUCUGCAAAGGAUCCUCAGGAAACAAAAGGCAAAAAUGAGCUGGUCACAAAGGAGGUGGCUCAGGAAGGUUCAGUCACUUUGAAAACCUACCAUCAAUACUGCAUGGCUGCUGGAGGUUACUUUCUGUUGCUGCUGGUCAUAUUGAUCUUUGUCCUGCUGGUGGGAUCCACAGCAUUUGCAAACUGGUGGCUCAGUUUCUGGCUAGACCAGGGCUCUGGGUCGGCGAAUAUCACUAAUGGUACUGGUGACAUCUCCGGUGACAUCUCCGGUAACAUCUCCGAUAACCCGGAUCUGUGGUUCUACCAGAUGAUUUAUGGACUGGCUGUGAUCGCUAUGUUAGUGAUGAGCGCCGCCAAAGGCUUUGCUUUUACUAAAGUCACCUUGCAUGCCUCCUCAAAACUUCACGACACCAUGUUCAACAGGAUCCUGGCCAGUCCAAUGAGCUUCUUUGACACAACACCUACCGGCCGCAUGGUGAAUCGCUUCAGCAAGGACCAGGAUGAGAUCGACGCUGUCCUGCCAUUUAACAUGGAAAACUUCCUGCAGUUCUGCCUGAUGGUCACCUACACUGUCCUGACUAUCUGUGUUGUCUUUCCGUAUCUGCUCAUCGCUGUGGCCUGCCUGGGUGCUAUCUUCUCCAUCAUCCUCUAUGUUUUCCAGCGGAGCAUCCGGGAGAUGAAGCGAAUGGAGAACGUGAGUCGCUCUCCCUGGAUUUCCCUCACCACUUCAACCAUCCAAGGCCUCACCACUAUCCAUGCCUACGAUAAGAGACAGCAGUACAUUGAAGAGUUCAAAGUGAUAAGUGACCAUAACUCCAACCACUUCCUGCUGUUCAACUGUGGAACACGCUGGCUCUCCUUCUGGUUGGAUUUCCUCUCUGCGACUGUUGCCCUGUUGGUGGCGCUGUUUGUAGUGCUCAGCCCCAGUGACACCAUCAACCCUGCAUUGAAGGGCCUGGCCCUCUCCUACACUAUACAGUUGACAGGCAUGCUGCAGUAUGUCGUCAGACUGUCUACAGAGGUGGAGGCCAAGUUCACAUCAGUAGAGAGACUGCAGGAGUAUAUCACGGGCUGUGUGGCCGAGGCCCCUCGGAAGAUUAAUGACGUCAGCAUCCCCUCCGGCUGGCCACAGCAGGGCAGUAUCACCUUCAAAGACUACAGCAUGAGGUACAGGGAGAACACACCCAUAGUGCUGGACCACCUCAACCUUGCAAUACAGCCACGAGAGAAGCUCGGCAUUGUGGGACGCACUGGAUCAGGCAAGUCAUCUCUGGGCGUGGCUCUGUUUCGGCUAGCGGAGCCAGCAGGAGGCACUAUUAUGAUCGACAAUUUGGACAUUAGCUCUUUGGGCCUGCAGGAUCUGCGCAGUCAGCUGUCCAUCAUUCCCCAGGACCCUGUGCUAUUCAUUGGUACAGUCAGAUAUAACCUCGACCCAUUUAAUAACUACUCAGAUGAACAGAUCUGGCUGGCUCUGGAGAAAACAUAUAUGAAACAAACAAUCUCUAGGUUACCAGAGAAGCUCGAGUCCACAGUAGUGGAGAAUGGGGAGAACUUCUCUGUUGGAGAGAGGCAGCUCAUAUGCAUGGCCAGAGCACUGCUCCGCAACUCUAAAAUUAUCCUGUUGGAUGAAGCAACAGCCUCUAUAGACUCAGAAACAGACAGUCUGAUUCAGCACACAAUCAGAGACGCCUUCCAGGACUGCACCAUGCUGACCAUAGCCCAUCGCAUCAACACCGUACUGGAGUGUGACCGCAUCCUUGUCAUGGACAAGGGCAAGGCUGUUGAAUUUGAUCGGCCGCAGGAUCUCAUCCACAGACCAGAUUCUGUCUUUGCAUCACUGUUAGCUGCAGCCAAUAGCAUCAACUCCUGAAACACACACACACAUGACACACACACACACAGAUCUGCGCUGAUUUUCCUCCUGCAUGUAGUGCGCUCAUCAUUAACUCCACUGGAAGGCAUCCACACACAUCUCAACACAUAGCCACUGAACAGAUGAGGGUGAGGCACGGUGGGCUCCAGGGUCCAGUAUAGAGUAGAGGGGGGUUUCAGCUCAGAACAUGUUUGGUUUCCAAGAGAUUCGUUUCAGGUCAGAUGGAAGCAGGCGAGUUCUGUGUGGAAGCGUUUUGGCAGAGGUAGGCUCUGUGCAGAACUCUUUUAAAAGCUGUUCGUUUGACAGGAUUUCUACAGCUAUUAGGAGAACACUGCAGUCCUGGUAGUGAUGUGUAAUAGUUCUGUAUAAUUAUCUCAGUAAUAGAGUUAUAAGUUAAAAUAUUUUACUGUAUAUUUUACUGUUUGCAUUGUUUGCUUGUGCAUUGCAGAGACAAAUGUACUGUUUGCAUAUUCAUGGCUCACCACUACUUAAUUUUUAGUUAUGCAGUUUUUUUGGUAUCUGUUUUUGCAUAGAAAUAAUCAGUAAUAAUGCUACACUACACUACAUUACCCCAUAAAGUGUAGCAGCAAUUACAUUUACAAGUACAUUUACAGCUCAGUGUAACUGGCUGCUUCUGUUUCUCUGUUUUCCCUACUGCACUUUUAAUCAGUUCUUAUGACUACUUUUCUCAUUUUCUUGCACAGAUAAAAAAAAAAAAACAAGCUUUACACUAGUGAUAAAAUGAGCUUUAGCUGCUCAUCCUGUUCUCUCACAGGACUAAAACUAUGGCAUUUGCUUAUUGCAUUUGCCUUUCUAAAGCCACCAGUGGGAGGACACUACAUUAAUGGGAGUGAUUGGUCACAUCCGACACACAUUUUAUAUAUAUAUAUUUAUAUUUUACUGAUUGCAUUAUUUUCCUUUUUUUUCCUACGUUGUAAAAAUAAAAUGUACUGUUUGCACAUUCUGCCGUAGAAUCCAGAAUCAAAAAAAAAAAAAAGAAAAAAAAAAAAGCUACAGCCAUUAGUGCUUUAGUGGGAAUUAUUACUCACCACAACUCAACAAAUAGUUCUCAUAGGACUAAAACUGAUGUAUAUUCAAAGUAUUUAUUUGAUUAGUAUUUUUUAUAUGUAUUUGCAUAUACGUGCCAAAUGAUUUACUCUGCAGUGAUUUUAAGAAAACUGAAGUGUUUAUUCAUAAAAAUGUACACACAAUAAAUCGAAACACUAAUGCACUAAAUGAAUAACAAGUAUGAACAUAUGAAUAUAUUUAAAAUAUUGUUUGUAUAUAUAGAUAUAUAUUUGUGUGCUGUAUAUUUUAUUAUAUUUUAUUAAAGUGGCAAUACUUUAGUAAAGUAGUUGUUAAAGUGAAUGUUAAUAAAUGUUGACUAUAAAUCAAAA